AUGGCGGCGCCGCUCUACACCACCGCCUCAGGUCAACUCUACCACGCCGGCAAAAUCCUCAUCGCCACCGUCGGUCUUCCGGCUCGCGGAAAGACACAUCUCUCACAUGCCAUCGAGCGAUACCUCACAUGGCUAGGUGUCAAGUCCGGCGUAUUCUCGCUCGGAGACCACCGCCGCAAAGUUCUUGGCGGUGCUGACAAGAUCCCGACCGACUACUUCGUUUCGGGCCCUCGGAGCCAAGAUACGGAAAAACUGCGCAAGCAGAUCCUCGAUGAUUUCGACGAUACUGUCAUCGAUUUUUUCUUCAACCAAGGUGGACAGGUUGUCGUGUACGAUGCCAACAACUCGGUGCAGAGUAGGAGGUACGCCAUUCGCGAAAAGUACGGCAAGCUGGGCGUCCACGUCAUGUUCCUCGAGAGCAUCUGCACCGACCCCAAAGUGGUCGAAGCUAACGUACGAAGCGUCAAGUUGAGCAGUCCAGACUACGUCGAUUGGGAUCCGGAGAAGGCCAUGCAGAAUUACUACGAGCGCAUCGCGGGGCAUGAGAAGACGUACGAGCCCAUCGAGAAUCCGAGCUUCCCGUACAUCAAGCUCAUCAACGUCGGAGAGCAGGUGGUGGUCAACAACAUCCAGGGCUAUCUGCAGUCGCGCAUCGUCUUUUUCCUCAUGAAUAUCCACAACCGACAUCGCACUAUCUAUCUCGCCCGAGCAGGCGAGGCGCUGGUGGAGCAUCUUUACAAGGCCGAUGCGGAUCUCUCGUCGCUUGGCUGGGACUACGCCGACGAGCUUGCCCACUUUAUGGCCAACUUGCGACGAAAGAAAGCAGGCCUGCCGCCCCUUGGCAAACCCGCUGCGGGCGAUGAUGCAGAGCAGCAGCAAGCGGCCAACAAGGACGACUUCAUGGAGCAAGACAGCAAAGCAUUCGAAGUGUGGACUUCGCAACGUCGACGAUCCUCACACACGGCCUAUCCUCUCGCUGAGAAGGGCUACAAGGUGAUCGAACGCAGCCAGUUGAGCGAGAUGAACCCGGGCGUGGUCGAUGGCAUGUCGGUCGACGAGGUCAAGCAGCGUUUCCCGGAUGAAUAUGAGCGCAAGCUGCGCGAACCCUACUCGCACCGCUUCCCUCGUGCCGAAUCGUACCACGACCUCUCGGUGCGUCUGGAACCCAUCAUCUUCGAGCUCGAGCGCACCCGCAACGACGUGCUCAUCAUUGGUCAGUCGUCCGUACUCCGAUGCCUCAUCGCCUACCUGCAAGGCCUGCAGCCGCACGAGAUUCCGAGCAUCCAGGUGAGGGAGGGUCAGCUCAUCGAGAUCUUGCCACAGGCGUAUGGAGUCAAAACAGAGGUGCACGAAUUUUGGGAUCCCGUCGCGAGAAGGAAGGAGCGCGACGCAGCGUUUGAUGACCUGGAAACCGAGGGCGAGGGUGGGCCACGAAAGACUAAUUUGGUGCAUAUCAACGAUGUCGACUUGACAAGCGAUGCGACAGCAGCAGAAGCUCCAACGGUCGGAACACAAGCAAAGGGACAGGCCAAGGAUGGCCAAUCACCGGUUCGGCUGCAGUGGGCGACCAGGAGGAAUAGCUCAGGAAAAAGUCCCGAGGGGAUCAGAGCAGACCGAGAGGCCAUCCGCGAACUUGAGGCCCAGCUCAGAGACAAUCAGAUCAAGGAGCACUCGGAACGGCCAAAUUUGUAG